ACUCAUCCAGGUCUCGGUAUGUGUGUAUCACGCUCAUGGCGCUGUUGUGAAUCCAAACAAGCGCAAAAAAAUACUACUAGUGAAUCCCGAUCGGCUGUGUGUUGGCAUUCAGAGGAGAGGAGUGAUCGUAACACUUCAUCGAUGACUUUUGAUAACUGGCAGUCACUUGCUACCAAGUUAUGCUGCUCAACGAGAAUCAUGUAACUGCGCCGUUCUUUCAGAUGGGUUGAAAGUCCGUGUUCUCGCAUGGGGCGCGCGGUCUAGACUGACUUUCCGUGCAGUUUCAACUCUUCAACACUGUGACCAUGCCGGGGAAAACUAAAUACAAUUUAGUGGACGAUGGCCAUGAUUUGAGGAUACCCAUGCACAACGAGGAGGCGUUCCAACAUGGGGUUAAUUUUGAAGCAAAGUAUAUUGGCAGCCUAGAUGUGGCACGACCGAGCAGCCGAGUGGAGAUCGUCGCUGCUAUGCGAAGAAUACGGUAUGAAUUCAAAGUGAAGAACAUUAAGAAGAGGAAGGUCAACCUCAUUGUCUCAGUGGACGGAGUCAAGGUCAUCCUGAGGAAGAAGAAAAAGAAAAAAGAGUGGACAUGGGACGAGAGCAAGAUCAUGGUGAUGCACGACCCCAUCUACAGGAUAUUUUAUGUUUCUCACGACUCCCAGGACCUGAAAAUCUUCAGCUACAUCGCGCGGGAUGGACACAGCAAUGUUUUCCGCUGCAACGUCUUCAAGUCCAAGAAGAAGAGCCAGGCCAUGAGGAUUGUGCGGACGGUGGGUCAGGCCUUCGAGGUGUGCCACAAGCUGAGCCUGCAGCACACGCAGCAGGGCAGCGACGGCCAGGAGGGCGGCGACGGCGAGAAGGGCAGCCCGGCAGCACCGGCUCCGCAGCUGCUGGGCACGGACAAGACCGUCGCCGAGGAGACGGACAUCGAUGCCGAGGAAGUCGUCACGUCCAACGCCGGCACUGCCGGGUUCAACCGGGGAGUCACCGACCUGGACGCAGAGGACGGCAGUAAAAACAAGGUUCCCGAUGACUCCAUCCUGACCUCCUCGUCCAAGACGCUGCUCCCCCAGCUCCAGCUCGGCCAGCUACCCCCCGGGAGCCCCCUCUCCAUGCACCACAGAGUCCAGCUGCUCUAUCAGCAGCUGCUGCAGCAACAGCAGCAGACGCAGGUGGCAGUGGCCCAGGUCCAUCUCCUGAAGGACCAGCUGUCGGCGGAGGCAGCGGCCCGGAUCGAGGCCCAGGCUCGGGUUCACCAGCUCUUGCUCCAGAACAAGGACCUGCUGCAGCACAUCUCCCUGCUGGUGAAGCAGAUCCAAGAUCUGGAGCUCAAGCUCUCCGGACAUCCCUCCAUGGGCUCCCAGGACAGCUUGCUAGAGAUCACCUUCCGCUCCAACCUGCCCCCCGUGAUCUGCGACACCACCCCCCCGCACCCGGAGGAAGCACUGCCCCUGCCGGCACUGGGGAACGGCUCGCACCCACCAGUGUUCCCACUGGGCAGCCCGCUAGCUGACCAGAGCCUGUUUGAGAACCCAAAGGCCGCCCUCCCAGCUAAGCUCCAGAGUGGUAUCUCCGCGGUCGAUCUUCCUGGUGGCCGUCAGGCCCCCAAGUCUGGCCUCAGCCUACGCCGGUCGGUGGGGGCCAAGGUCAGCGACCUGCUGCGACGAAAGGACACUAGCAGCUUCGAAGACGUCGGGGUGAUGGAGGUGAACCGGAAUGUCGAGACUGACUGGUCGUUCUUCGUGGACAACAAUCAUGUGACCCCGUCAUCCGACAGUCACAUGAUACUUGACGGCUUCCCUCGGCUCGACCCCCCCCCCUCUGGAAGGAAGCGCGUGCCUCGCGCCCUGAAGACCACACAGGAGAUGAUGAUUUCCUCCUCCCCCGUGGUGCCCAGCGUGGACGUCUCAUCCUUCCCGUCAUCCCCUGAGAAGUCGUCCACCGUCACUCCGAAGGAGGUGAAGCAGGCAGAUAAGCGCGAGGGAGAGGAGGAGGAGCAGGAGAAGGUGGUGAAUUUAGACUGGAGUCCUCCUGACCUCCAGGAUGACGUGAUCCAAGAAGGGGGUGAUUGUUCCCUCUGUUUGGAUGGCCAAUGCUCAGAUUGUGAGACCAAACAAGACAGCAGAGAAGAUGUGUCUCAGCUCUCCAUCUCCAUCCCGGACCUCAUCCACAAAGACAAUCUAGACGCCAACCUGAAAAACGAAGACCCAGACAUUAGCAGCACCUCCAGUCUGUGCAUAGAGAAGACAAGCUUCCACUUAAGUGAUCUUGAGGAUGACCUCCACGAGAACAGCGUAGAAGAUGCUGCAGAGGGACUAAGGUCUUCCAGGGUGGGAAUUGAUGAACCCCAUCCAGAUCUUCUGUCCUUUGAGUACUAAAGCUCAAAGUCUCUUCUGACAAUCCACAGCAUUCCUGACUCUUCCAUGGGAGUCACCUGAUGACUAAUGACGACUUGGGUUGGAUUAAACAAGAUCAUUCUGCAUGGAUGUCAAAUUCUCCCCAAGCUGCCAUAACCUGGCUGUUAACGCAUCUUGUGCUGAAACACCAAAGAUAUUGUGAAUUUAGUGUUAACAUGUUACUCUGAGAUAUUUCAUACAUGUGCACCAAAGACAAAGUGUUUCUAUUACUCAGACCAAAGUAUAUAUUGGGUAACAUACAUUAUUAUAUAUGAUGAGCAUUACUGUAGCUAUCGGCCUCUCUUCUCUGGGGGGGAGGGGCUAUACACUACUAGGAGCUACAGUAUACACCUUCUCAGGACCUCUCCAGUUCACUUCUGGAUCGUUUUGCUUGAACGCGUUGUUUUCGUGACCCAUAGAGAAGCUUCCCAGGUCCAAUGGAUUGUUUGUGGAACGUUGCCGUCACCUGCUGUAGGUAGAUUGUAAUCAUUUGGGUUUAGUCGGUGUCCCGCUGUGAAAGGAGUUACCUCAGUAGAUGCCCGUGGCUUUUAAAAACUGUGGUGAAAGAGGAAUGAAGCAAGAAUUUUGUGUUUUAUCUGCCCUGGGACAUUUGCAUUUUUUUAUGUCUGUGUUAUGCUGGUUUGCCUUCACACUUGGCAGAUGUUGGGUAUGAAACAGUAUCACCCGGAAUAUUCCGCUCGUUUCUCCUGCAUUCCACAGUCUCUUAUCAGCAAACCGCGAAUGGGACGUUUCCUUAAAGCCGGUGUUGUGACAGGGGCUGCUAGACUUGUUCAUUUAUUUACGAAAUGUAAUAGACUAAGACUGAAUACUGUUGAAACCGAUGAUGAAGCCAUCCGGGGGGGGGCAUAGGGAAUAGAUGCCUUCAGUAUCUUUUAUCAGCAUGUUGCAAGGAUAUUUCUCUCACUUGGUUUGUGCUCUUUAAAAACUGGCAGGAGUAAUAUAAAUGUUUUAUGUGCUCUGUCUUUUAAGUAAGGAAAACAGAAGAUGGAGGGAUGAAAAGUGGAUAAGUAGGGAUGAAAUAGCUAGAGAGAAUACUUGUGAACGUGGAAAUACUAAAGCAGUGAUUUUACUAAAGGAAUGUGAACACAUUCGAAUUGAAGCAAAUGGUGGAUUUCACUGUACACACUUAGGAUCGCACCGUGACAGUGUGGUGGACAAACGGAAUGGAAGAUGGGUGACUAGACGUUAGACUCUUAGCAUUAAUGCAUGAUGACUUGAUAGGAGCUGUGGAGUUUGUUCAAAGUGGCCUGUAAAUUUCUAAAGCUAACAGGUCAAAUGAGGCUUUAGGAGAAAACAGUGGUUCUUGCCUGUGAUUGGAUAUAUGUGUAGACUACGAUGACAUUGACCACGAUGGUGUUUCUCAAUAGCAAGAACGCAAAGAUCGUACCUGUGGUCUUGGCAAGAUCGGUCUUUCUAACUUGCCUCCCAAGGACGAUGUUGGGGAGCAAUGAAUCAUGGGAUUGGUCUCGUUUGGCAAGGAUGCGACCGAUGCUAUCUGUGAUAUUUGGGACGGGGCAAGAACAACAUCUGGGGAUUUUGAUUGUCUUCUGUACUUCUGUUCUUGAGUAUUGGAACUGGUCUUCGGCAAAAAAAGAUGAUAUAAAAUGGGUACAUGAGAACACAAGUAUGGUCAAGUACGCAUAUUGAGAAACAUCCCAUGUCUACUGAAAUGUCAGGUUCACCGUGAUGCAGCAUAAUGUGGGAGCUUCAGUCCUCUGCUGAGGUACUGGGGCCUUGGUAGCUGCUCACUGCGUUUGUGUCAAACUUGAGGGUUCGGGAGGAGUGCGAGAAGGAGUUAAGAAUGUAACCUAUGGUGCGCUUCACUAGUGAGCUGUUAAUCUCAGACUGUCACUGCUGGUGUUACAAUUUAUGUGACUUAUGAUGAUUUGUAGCUAUUUGAAAUUUAAAUGGGGUAUAUAUCAAUAUAGUAGUAUUUAACAAAUCACUUCUAUAUAUUUUACUUUAAUUUUUAUUUUUUCGUUUCAAGGAAUCGUAUAAGUGCUGUUACUAUAACUAUGCUGUUAUUAUAACUAUUUUUAUUCUUGUACAAUGCUGCAUGCUACCAAAUUUAACAUUUUAUAUCCCUUUCAUCUGCGGAACAGGUGAACAAAUAUCUUUGUGAAAAAAUAGAAUCCAGUUUUUUUUUUUAAAGGAGUAUUUAGGAAAUAUUAAGAAUUUUUAUAGCAGUUUUAUACAUAAGUGUUUGAAUAUGUAAAUUAGAAUUGGUUCUUUUAUGAAAUGACACCAUUGAUGAUUAUGUUAAGAAUAUUAUUAAGAAUUAAAUUAAAUAAUUGGUUAAAUGUCUUGUUUAAUAUUACGUUUUAUUGAAUACUUGCGUACAGUAUGGCUGCUAAAGAUGUUGGGCUCCAUGAAAGGAGCGCUGCCACUAAUGACCCGUUUUACCGGUUGGUUGAUUAAUCUAAAUGAAUAUUUUUCCUCCAGAAAAUCAAAUUGACCAUUUAAGUUCAUUUUAUUUUGACAUCAAAAUACAAACUGUAUGUCAUUGCAAGGCUUUAGAUAACGGACGGCAGCUUUUCAGCGCUAAACGGGCGUUACUUACGCCCACAAUGUGACAAGCAAAUUAGUAAUGCACCUAAAAUAUUAAUGAGAUUGUGAUGUCCAAAAGUUUUAUUUCAGUUCACAAAUGAUUUCUUUUUAAAUUAGUGUCCAUUUUCAUUUGUUUUCCUAUAUGAUAAUGACACUGGUCCCAACAAGCCCAAUGCACACGAACGAACACACCGGCAGAUUCUAACCUAAACAUUUAUUUCAUGGAAAUUCUAAGGUAGCAGGCAGACAACUUCAUGGCUGUAAUAAUGAGUUUAUUUAGCUGCUACAAGGACAAAAGAUACUUAAAAAGCUCUCAAAACUAAUGGCAAUUUUAAUGAACAUGAAUAGAGAGAAAACACGGUGUUGCUUAUUCUGACAGUCCAGAAUAUCGCCUGUAUGUCGAUUUAUUCAUGUACAGCGACUACGUCGAUUGAUUGCUGUAUCCCUACAUGAAAGCUUAUCAUAUUGGGCCCCCAAUCCGAAUACCUUCCGAAUUUUUUAGGGCCCCCGUCACUUAUUAUUUGCAAUAUAAGAAAUACAUUAUCGUUGCACCACGAUUGACCAGAUACUGCUACCAGAGAGAUAUGUUUACCGCUUAAAAUAAAUGGAGUAAUAUGUACAAUAAGGCUUCAUCAACUAAAAUGAUGAUAAUAUUGAUACUUUGUACACACAAAUACUCAUUUAUUGCUUAAUUGUAGGACUCAUUGUCAAUCCUCCCAAUUAUAUCUCAACUUUGUAUAUUUGUACACGAUAAGCCAAAUAUUUGUGGAUGUUGCAGCUGCUUAAAAAUAAAGUUGAAUCUAUUAUCAGUUAAUAUUUUUUACAUUUUUAUUUUAUAGCAUUACUAUUCGUUUUUAAUGCAGCACGGCAAUUCAUUUGAUAUCCAUGAUAAUUACAAAUUUUUUAUAACUUUAAUAACUUCCAUCCCAAGGAAAAGCUAAAUUGUAAGACUGGGAUUUGUUUUUGCUGUCGUUUCACUGCAAAUUUAGUGUUAAACAUCAAAAUAUGUCACCUUGAUUAUUUAGACCUCUAAAGGAAAGUUGUCGUGGAAAUACUCUUUCAAAGUAAUUUCAGUUGUUCAUGGUUACAUUACCAGAUAAGCACUACCUAUCUGCAAAGUAAAUUGAUGGACAGGUCUAUUAUAGAUACUGCAUAUGUUUUUAAAUCCUAUCCAGGAUUUAAGACUUCUCAGUGCAUGUGUAAAAGCAGCAGGACUGAUUAAACAACUUGAUAGUCCUAA